AUUGAUUCCGAAAAAGUCAUGGCGCAAGCUCUAGCCUUACCAGACGAAGCUGAGUUUAAUUCAAUAACUCUUAUUAACAUCGGUGCACGAUUUCGAAAUGAUCUUGAUGCUUUGGUGACUUGGUGCCGAAGAUAUGGGUUGUUAUCAUCACAUAUGGUGUGCCAAGCGUGCAACACGCGGUGCAUUGAAUAUAAUUUUGGAAGAGGAAUUGACGAAAGAAUAUGGCGGUGUAAUAACCAGAGGUGUAAACGAACAACUAGCAUAAGGAAAGGAAGUUUUUUUUCCGGAUCUCAUCUGCAUCUAUGGCAGUUGUUGGCCUUGACAUAUAUGUGGUCAACCAACUGCGGACGUCCAAGAGGACCCUCGCAAGCCAACAUAAUGAAAGAACUGGAGAUAGGAUCGGAACAUACUGUUGUUGAUUGGAAUCAGUUCUGUCGAGAUGUUACAGUCAAUUAUUUUAGGAACCACCCCGAACAACUUGGCGGACCAGGCGUAAUCGUCGAAAUUGACGAGUCUCUUUUCUCUAAACGGAAAAAUCACGUUGGACGUGUGGUGCGAGAACAAUGGGUAUUUGGGGCUUAUGAGCCUGCGACAAAGAAAGGGCUUUUGAUUCCAGUGGAAGCACGAGAUGCCGCCACAUUGCUGCCGAUUGUAAGGCAAUGGAUUGCUCCAGGAUCCCACGUACAUUCUGAUAUGUGGAGAGCUUAUAAUCAAAUUGUACUUAUACCAGGGCAAAAUUACCAACAUGAUACUGUAAAUCACACACGACACUUCGUCGACCCACAGACAGGAGUAACAACAAAUCAUGUGGAGGCUAUGUGGUCUAGGGCAAAAGCAAAAAUCAAGUCAAUGAUGGGGCCCACAAACAGAGAAAUGUCGGAAGAUUACAUGGCAGAGUUCAUGUGGAACCAACGGUUCGGCGAAUCACCAUUUUAUAACUUUUGGCACCAAAUUGCAUCGGAGUUAUACAUCGUUCAUUAGACACUUUCUGAGUUCCAGAACUAAUAUCAACAUUUAAGUUAAGGUAUACCAAAUUUGCGUGUUUUGUGUUUCUCAGAUAGCGACAUUGAUAAUUUUAGUCGUAAUACAUGCACCUAAUUAUUAGAACUUGAACAUUUAAUUGAUUCCGAAUGUAGUUAAAGCUAAAGCCAUGUUCAUAGUAGGCUACUUUGCUUAAUGCUUUGAUUCCACUGAUUCAAACAUAAAUGAUAAUAAAACUGAAUU